AUGGUCUAUGAAAAUAUCAUUGAUGCAACAGAAAAUUUUGACCCCAAGUAUUGCAUCGGAGUGGGAGGAUGUGGAAGUGUUUUCAGAGCACAGUUGCCAAAUGGUCAAGUUGUUGAUGUCAAGAAACUUCAUGCAACAGAUGGUGGUACCUUGAGGAGGUUGAAAGAUUUCACUAAUGAGACCCGUGCACUAACAACUCUACGGCAUCGAAACAUCGUGAAGCUGUACGGAUUCUGUACACGUAUAGAACAUACUUUUUUGGUAUAUGAAUUCUUGGAAGGGGGAAGCUUGAUGCACCUGUUGAGCAAUGAUGAAACAGCAUCCAAGUUUGACUGGAGCAAGAGGGCAAACAUGGUAAAAGAUAUGGCAAAUGCAUUUUCCUAUAUGCAUCAAGAUUGUUCUCCUUCAAUAGUUCAUCGAGACAUAUCUAGCAAAAACAUUUUGUUAGAUUCCGAGUAUCAAGCUCGCAUCUCUGACUUUGGCACUGCAAGACUCAUCAGGCUUGAUUCAUCUAAUUGGACUGCAUUUGCAGGAACUUAUGGAUAUGCUGCUCCAGAACUUGCUUAUACAAUGGAAGUAAAUGAAAAAUGUGAUGUUUAUAGUUUUGGUGUAUUGGCUUUAGAAGUGAUAAUGAGCAAGCAUCCAGGUGAUUUCACAUCGUCAAUAUUGCCAGCACCAUCAUCUACUUCAAUAGCAUAUAGUGUGUUACUCAAAGAUAUUGUGGAUCCUCGACUUUCAUCUCCAAGUAAGCAAGAAUCAAAACUAGUGGUGUUGAUGGCAAAGCUGCUUGAGCCAAGCUCUGGAAGUGGAGCACUAAAGAAAGCAUCUGGACUACAUGGUCUGUGGUAG